UCUGAAGAUGGCGUCUCCAAAUGGAGGUGACGAUUUUGAGUCUUCUUUGCUGAGUUAUGAGAAGUUGGACAGAGCGUCACCAGACCUGUGGCCAGAACAAUUGCCCGGAGUUGCAGAAUUUGCUGCAUCUUGUAAAAAUCCCAUCACUAAUUCACCUCCCAAGUGGAUGGCUGAACUAGAGAGUGAGGACAUUGAAAUGUUGAAAGAGUUGGGGAGUCUGACCACAGCCAACCUGAUGGAGAAGGUCAAAGGACUUCAGAACCUCGCUUACCAGCUGGGCUUAGAGGAGUCAAGGGAAAUGACCAGGGGGAAAUUCCUGAACAUCUUGGAGAGACCCAAGAAGUAACCUUUUUUUUUCCUUUUCCUUUUGUUUGAUUUCUUCAAACAACAGGAGAUUUGGGAUUUCAAACGGAAUCUGAUCUGUGUGUUUGGCAAUACACUCAGGAUAUGUUCAGACCUUCACAACAAAGUUAAGAGACUUUGCAUUCAAACUGUAAACUGGGAUAAAAUGCUCACACCCACACACACACAGCUGAGGUCUCCAGACUCCUCAGUGCACCUGUUGUCCUCUAGAUAGAUGCCUUUCCUUUUAUGGAAACUUAAAGUGAUUUAUGGCUUUUCACAGAAUUCCUCUGUAGCUUGUAGACCUGCCUUGAUUAAGCGUUCUCUAUUUAUUCUUAUUUCUAUUUUAAAUAUGAUUUACAUUUUUUGAGCAAUUCGUGAGGUUGUAUAAUAAAGUUUUAAAA